AUGAUAGACCACACUAGUCUACUUGAUGAACCAAAAUUCAUUGAUAUGUAUAAUAUUGUGUAUAUCGAUGAAAAAUGGUUCUACAUGAGUAAAAACACUGAAAAGUACUACUUGCUUCCCGUGGAAGAAGAUCCUCUUCGUCAAUGUCAAAGUUCACAUUAUAUAGGGAAAGUGAUGUUUUUAGUUGCUAUGGGUUGUCCAAAAUUUGAUAAUGAAGGGAAUGAAAUUUUCUCUGGGAAAGUAGGCGUCUGGCCUUUUGUCACACGAGAACCAGCUUUGAGAAUAAGUGUGAAUAGAGAAGUUGGCACCUUGGUGAUGAAACCGAUUACGUCAGUCAAUAGGGACAUCAACAGAAAGUGGUUGAUUGAAAAAGUUAUUCCUAAAAUUCAAUCUUGUUGGCCAAGGGAAGAAUUAGGAAGUGCUAUCUUCAUUCAACAAGACAAUGCUAGAAGUCAUGUUGAUCCCAAUGAUGAAGACAUUAUAAGAGUUGGUACACAAAAUGGUUUUAACAUAAGAUUGAUGUGUCAACCAGCAAAUUCACCAGAUUUAAAUAUUUUGGAUCUUGGGUUCUUUAGUGCUAUUCAAUCUCUACAACAAAAGGUUAGAGCAAAUAGUGUAGAUGAACUCAUUGAAGCAGUUAAGAAGUCAUUUGAUGAAUACCCAACAAAAAAAGUGGAGUAUGUUUGGUUGACUUUACAACUAUGCAUGAGGGAGAUAUUGAAAGUGGAAGGUUCCAAUCGGUAUAAAAUUCCAGAUGUGAAUAAAGCUCGAUUAGAUAGAGAAGGUCUUCUUCCAACACAAAUUGUGUGUGAUCCAAUUGUAAUACAAAAUGUUAGGAAUCAAUUGCAAUUGUAG